UCUCCUCCUACGACAUGCACGAAAGUUGGCCACUUAAACUACUUCCAACCAGCCAGCAGACAUUAUACUGAUCCCAAACUACACCAAGGAAAAUAAUUACAGUGCAUUUACCAACUCAGACACACAACUUUUUAAUGCUCCAUUUUGCAGACUUCCCUGUUUAAAGGAGUUUUUAUUUAAUUUGUAACAGCUGAUUUUUUUUUUUUUUCUUUUUUUUUUUUUUUUACAUUUUUUGGCACGUUCAUCGCACCAGGAGAGCAUCAUUAAUUUUUCGCUGGUGGAAGGGCUUGUCCAGUUUCUCCACCUUGGAUUUGGAUUUGACAGCAGACUGUGCAUUAUUUUGAGCAUUUUGAAGACAUUGCGGCUUUUUUUGUAUUGGACUGGAGUCCGUUUUGUUGUUUGUCCAUUGUUUAUUUGAGUGGCUAAAUGAUGGCUACUUUACCAGGAACGAUGCCUCGGAUGAUGCGCCCUGCGCCAGGCCAGAACUACCCCCGAACCGGCUUCCCCCUGGAAGUAUCCACCCCUCUGGGCCAGGGUAGGGUGAACCAGCUUGGCGGUGUGUUCAUCAACGGGAGGCCUCUGCCAAAUCACAUCCGACACAAGAUAGUGGAGAUGGCCCACCACGGCAUCCGACCCUGCGUAAUCUCGCGACAACUGCGAGUUUCUCACGGUUGUGUCUCCAAGAUCCUCUGCCGAUACCAAGAGACCGGCUCGAUCCGUCCGGGAGCCAUAGGAGGCAGCAAGCCCAGGCAGGUGGCAACUCCUGACGUGGAGAAGCGGAUCGAGGAGUACAAGAGAGAGAACCCCGGCAUGUUCAGCUGGGAGAUCCGGGAUAAGCUGCUGAAGGACGGGGUGUGCGACAGAAGCACAGUUCCUUCAGGUGAGGCUUCAUCUGUGAGCUCCAUCAGCCGCGUUUUGAGGGCCCGAUUUGGCAAAAAAGAUGACGAGGAUGACUCUGAUAAGAAGGAUGAAGAUGGAGAAAAGAAAACAAAGCAUAGCAUCGAUGGCAUCCUCGGUGAUAAAUGUAACCGCACAGAUGAAGGUUCAGAUGUAGAUUCGGAGCCUGACUUGCCCCUGAAGAGGAAGCAGAGACGCAGUCGCACCACCUUCACCGCUGAGCAGCUGGAGGAGCUGGAGAAGGCUUUUGAAAGGACACAUUACCCAGACAUCUACACCAGAGAGGAGCUGGCUCAGAGGACAAAACUUACAGAGGCCAGAGUGCAGGUGUGGUUUAGCAACAGGCGAGCUCGGUGGCGUAAACAAGCUGGGGCCAAUCAGCUAGCGGCCUUCAACCACUUGCUUCCUGGAGGAUUUCCACCAACAGGGAUGCCAACUUUACCCACGUACCAGCUACCAGAGUCCAGCUACCCCGGCGCCACACUAUCACAGGAGGGCAGCAGUACAUUGCACAGACCCCAACCCCUGCCUCCGUCCUCCAUGCACCAGGGAGGCCUGACUGCUGAUGGCAGCUCUGCUUAUUGUCUCUCGUCUAAUCGCCACGGCUUCUCCAGCUACUCCGAUACAUUCAUGAGCCCUUCAGCAUCCAGCAACCACAUGAACUCCGUCGGCAACGGACUCUCCCCACAGGUGAUGAGUAUCCUGAGUAACCCCAGCGCCGUACCCUCCCAGCCCCAGCACGACUUUUCUAUUUCCCCCCUGCACAGCAGCCUGGACAGCUCCAACCCCAUCUCAGCCAGCUGCAGCCAGCGCUCUGACACCAUCAAGGACAGCCUGGCUUCCUCCCAGUCAUACUGCCCCCCCACCUACAGCGCCACCAGCUACAGUGUGGACCCCGUCACUGCAGGCUACCAGUAUAGCCAGUAUGGACAGACUGCUGUGGACUACCUGGCCAAGAACGUGAGCUUGUCCACCCAGAGGAGGAUGAAACUUGGAGACCACUCGGCCGUGCUGGGACUGCUGCAGGUGGAGACGGGACAGGCCUACUAAAGCCCCUCCUAGGACGCACCAAGCACCACUCUCCUCCGCCCUUUGCCACCUUCCUCCAUGCUCCAUCAAGUCUGGACUCUAGCUCGCCCCUCUGCUGCUCGCUCUGCAGCCAUUACAUCGACACACAGACACCAGCCUCGCUGUGUAAAAGAGAAAGUGACGCUUGAGAGUGUGACAAGGCAAUUUGGGGAAUGGAACUAAGCGUUUCACGCCAUUGUCAACCACCAGGGGGCUCUGUACCCUCUCUUCUCAACCUUUGGGCUUCUCUGCCUGCUCCUUGUAGUCCUUCCCCAGCCCCAAACCCUGUUUUGUUUAGCUCAGAAGGCCAGACAGAACCCCAGAACACCCGAGGAUGGUUGGCCGUCUUGGCCCGGGUUCCUGUUUGUCUUGGCUGUAGUCCAGCACACAUUUAGAGCCAUCAACAACAUGUACUUUGACCUUGCUGUUCAUAGUAGUUAACAAAGCCAAUAUCAUUUGAACAACUCUUAUUCUUGUUCCUUUUUGAUAUUGUUAAGAUUAUUGUUGCUGUUAUAUGAUUAUGGUUAAUGUGAUUUAUGUUGUUCUUUGAUUCCAUUCAUAUCUCUUUUCUCUGUUAGAUGUUGGUAUGUAAAACACAGUGUGGAUGACUGAGACGAUUUGGGAGUGUGUGUCUGUUGCGUGUGCAUGUUUUGCGUGUCGGCACAGUCACACAAAGAGGAUGAUUGUUUUCCAAGCUGCUGUUCCUCUGCCUGUUCCCUGAGCACUAAUGUUCGUGAGUGAUUUGACCUUCCCACUUUCAUAUUCAUCUUGACAUUCCUAAAGAACUUGGCCACUCUGUGGGAAGUCUGGCUGGAUGGAUUCUGCAGGGAAUUAAAGCAGCAUUUUGGCGGCCAAUAGCUUUCCCCUUCUAACCUCCAUCCCAUCCUUAGCUGCGGUCCAUGGGGAGGGGGGCAUUGUUUGCAAAAACAGGAUUGGGGAAAUUAAUGUAUUUUGUUUAGAAAUAUGGACCUUGCCAAGGAGGGCUAACUCAAUCCCCCCCACUCCCUUUACUCCUCCCAAAUCCCAUCUGCCAGGAAACCCUGUGUGACUUUAACAGUGUAAAGCAGAUUAAAUCACACAAAAUUAAUUCUAAGCUAAUUCACAGUGACCCUUUCCAUUACUAGCCAGUAUUUCUGUUUUCAUAGAGUAAAAAACUCAUUGUGUAAAUGCACCUUCAACUGGUUUCCACUCUCAGGCUAAACAAGCAUUCCUUCGAAACAUUCCACCGGCUCCAUAAGCAUUCCAACGCUUUCUGUUAUGAGAUUAAAAAGUACACAAGCUGUGCCAUUCACUCGCACUCUGGAAAAUCAUAUAAUCCAGUCAAUUGCGAAAGGGCACAGGUAACACCACCGAUUGGCCCCCCACUCUUGUUUGGACCGGAGACCCCCUCUAAUCCUCCGCUUCGACGGACUCACUGAAAUGUACAAAAAGAAGGAAAAAAAAUAAAGAACAGUGGAUAUGAGACAUUUGUGUAGCACUCAUAGUUGACUUUUGACACGAUCCGGGACCAGCUAUUUCCUUGAGAUGUGUGUGUGUGAUAUCCCUAAUGAUGAAUUCUUCACUUUAUCUCAAGACAGGAUUUGGUCCUCAGUCGCCUUUAAAAACGGAAAACUGUACAGUAGCUGGAGCAGAUUGUGUAUUGUUUGUUUAUAAAGAGUAUGUUUUAUACUAAAACAAAACUAUGUUGAGUGGUAGGUAAGCAAGGAAUCUGUGGACGUAAAUGUUUGAUUUGAGUUUCCUUAACUGGCUAAUUUUUCUGUUGAUUUUGUUUUAAUAGUAUUUAAUUGGUUGACCUGUUUUGAACAAAAGUUGUAUUUCUGUUUUUGGGCCCAGGUAAGAUUGAAUUUGUAUAAAAUUAGUAAAAUAUAAUUUCCAUUAAAAAUGUUCCAAUUAAAAGUUGUAUAAAAGAGGAUCAAACUGAACUUAAUGGAAAAUAAAUGCUUGGUGACACAAAUAGACUCCCUGGAACCCAGGGCCGCUGUAUAUUUGAAAGGUGGCUUGAUGAAACAUCUUCAUGUGUCAGAGCAUUCUGAUCUCACAGACUGAUUAUCAGUGCAGACCAGACUCGACUGGACCAUGGACCUAACACACCUGAACCCUGAGACUCCGGUUACAGGACGUUACCAACGGUUCAGGAUGGCGAGGAAGCUGGUGAACACAGCCUCUUUGCUCUGGGAAACUGAACGGAGUCACAUUUGAUUUGUGGACCAAUAUGACUUCAGGAGAAGAAGUUAAAGUAACACUGAUUCUGCACUGAAUCACGGCAGUUCUCCCUGCUCUGCUUAGACGCCUCACUUAUGUGUAUAUUUUAAAAAGGAAGAAUUUUAGAAUUGUCUUUAGUGUAUCAAACCCAUUUCUAACACUUGCGUCAAACAUUUGGAUAUUUAAAGCAUACUCCUUAUGCCCCCUCCCGUCUGUUUGAACCUUCACUUGUUUAAUUGCUUUCUGACAUCUGUGCUUUGCUUUACUCCUUUUUCUGUUCCGCAUGUGUGUAUAUUAUCAUGGUAUAAUUUAUUCAGCUGUAUGAAGUAUUAGAGUAGUGGGAAACUUGUACUGGUAUUUACUACCUUCAGCCUGUUGGUGUGUUUACUGUAACACUGGCGUAACUGUUAUCAAUUAAAGAUCCAAAACUGA